ACAGCAGAGCUGUGUUGAUGCCUUGGGGGAGGAAAGAACUGUUUCCUGCUUCCGGGCUGCUAUGCCUGUCUCCAGUGCCCAAACCAGUGGGCCAAACACACAGGAAGGCUUCACACCACUUUUGCUUGCUAUAAGGCAAGGAAAGUAUGAAAUGACAAAGUAUUUGUUAACUAAAGGAGCAAAUGUACAUGCUGUUGAUAAGAAAAAAAGAACAACACUCAUGCUUGCUAUAGAUAAUGGAUCAACAGUUAUAGCCAGGCUGCUUCUUCGGCAAGAUACUGAUGUCCUUUCAGAAGAUACCCUUGGAUGGACUGCCAAAAAUUAUGCUCAUAAGAGAGGUUUGAAUACCAUUUGGCAACUAAUUGAUAUGUACAAAGAGGACAAGGGAAUUAAAAAUUCUUCUCAAAAUAAUCGAAACUCUUCUCCAGGUUCGGACUCUCCUGGUAUCACUGUCAGUGAUGUGUCCAGUCAAACACCUGGGGAUCUGAAAACUGAAGGUUCAGAUGAAAAAUAUCACAUCGAGCCUGCCACAGAAGCAAAAGACUCUGUCGGCUAUAAAAGAGUAGCAGAGAAGGCAACACAAACAUCCGGAGCAGGUUCGGACUCUCCUAGCAUCACUGUCAGUGAUGUGUCCAGUCAGACAUCUGGGGAUCUGAAAACUGAAGAACAAGACUUCAUAAUGAUGUCAAAGAAAGAAGAAUGGCCUGAUGGAAGUGACUAUAACCACCCACAGGAUGAAUCACAAAACAGAUUACAGCAGUGGAGAGAGGAUAAUUCUUCAUUUAGAAUGCAAAUGGAACUCAGAAUUAAAGAUCUCGAGUUUCAACUCUCCAAAAAAAUUUCUCAGGAAGAUUCCAUUAGAGCUGAAUUGGAGAAAUAUAAACAAUUACACCUAGAAGAAGUAAAUACCAGCCUGUCAUUGGCAAAUCAACUAGACAAGACUACUGAGAGGUUAGCAGAGAUCAAUAGCAAACGUAGAGAGGAGGAAAUGGACACAUUCUUUGCCAAGAUGUAA